CCCAUCAGCUGUUUGUCUCUGAUAAUUCCAUUUCCCUUAAUAUACCGUCCCAUACUCCUUCCUUAGCUUUUAUAGACUUUUCAAAUUCUCUGUUUCUCUCUGACAACACCCCACUUCCCCUUUCUCCCUCCAUCACUUCUUCUUGCCUAACUUUCUCUGUCAUCUUCUUCCUCUUCCCCUUCUUCUUCCAUUUAACAACAUCGACGACGACGUCGCAUUAUUAUUAAAAUUAUCAUUCCCAUCUAGCCACCAACAUUACCAGAUAUACCAACAAUGUCUUCCAGAAGAUCCUCCUCCUCCUCCUCCCGUGAUUCUUCCUCUGAUAAUAUCACCGAAGCUCAGAUCAACGACCUUGUCUCCAAGUUACAACAACUCAUCCCUGAGCUUCGCUCCCCGCGACGUCGUUCCGACAAGGUUUCUGCUUCAAAGGUGUUACAAGAGACUUGUAACUACAUCAAGAGCUUGCAUAGAGAAGUUGAUGAUCUGAGUGAGAGACUGUCUGAGCUCUUGGCCAACACUGACUCCAACAGUGCUCAAGCCGCCAUUAUUAGGAGUCUUCUUAUGUAAUAAUAUUACUACGUACCAUCUAAGAAAUAAUUGAUGACACUUAAAAAUGUCCUAAAAAUCUUAGUAUAUAUAUAUAUCCACCACGAUAUUAUCAAAUAUUUUUAAUUAGUGUGUGUGUGUGUGUGUGUGUGUGUGUUGUUUUAUGCAUUUUAAAUUAGGCGGCUGUUUAAUCUGGUAUUUAUCUAAUGUAUUUAACGUGUGCAUGUCCAUGUCUUGAGAUUAUUAUUCUUGGAAUUAAGGCUCUGGAUAUAUUGACCAAUGCAAAAAGUUAGCCAUUGUCAUAAGCUCCAAGUAUAUUAAUAUGUACCCUCUUGUUGUAUGAUGACGAGCUGAUCUUCUUCAUUUAA